AUGUGCCCAAACGAUGAUUUCAGAGAAAAGAAACCGCCAUGUAUGGAUAAUAUGUAUUUUUAUGUAUGUAGAGACAGCGAACUUUGCUGUAGUAAGUUAUUUGAAACAUUUUUGUCGAAGGUAUAAAUUUAUAAUUUUUUAUAAUUAACUGAGUUAACUGAAUGUCCCUUUUCUUCACUCUAAUUCAAAACUUGAAUAUUUUUCAGACGUUGAUCAUGUAGAAUGUUUCGGAGGAUACACAGCUGUUCACAAAGUCGAUGGUAAAUGUGGAAGUGAUCGAAUUGCAACAAAAAUGCAAUUUUUCAACCAAGAAGUUUGUUGUCGUGAGUUAUUUAUUUAGGAAAACGUUGUUACCUUGUUUUUUUAAAAUAAAAUUUCAGCUCCAUCUGGUGCAAAAUGUUUUGGAGGAUCAAUAGAUGCGACUAUACCACCCUGCAAUUCUGAUCAGUAUUCACGUCGAAUUGGAAUAAACAACAAAUAUUUAUUGGAUAAAGUGUCACUUUGUUGUCGUAAGUAGAUAUUUUUUACUUUGAAAACAGGGAAUAAUUUGAUUAUUUUUGCAGCGAUGCCUGAAACAAAUUGUCCUGGAAAUGUUCGUCCGACUAAAAAACCAUGCGGAGCAAAUCAAUAUUUGAAACAAUUUGGAGAUCAAGAUGAUGAUAUAUUUUGCUGCUGUAAGUUUUUUGAAAUUCUGCGAUUUUUUAUGAUCUUGAAACAUUUCAGCGCUUGAUGCUGUUAAAAAAUGCCCAGAUGGAAGUACUCCUCAUUCACCGUGUAGAGGAAACGAUUACGAACAUAAUGUAGAUGGUCACAAAUUUUGUUGUGGUCAGUUUCAUUCUUCAAUAAAAAAUUAAAUCAAACUAAAUACAAAUAAAUUCAAAUUACAGAGCUUUCUGGUUACAAAUGUCCACUCAACGAUAUUCCGACAAAUGUACCGUGUUCAGCAGAACAAUUUCUUUUCAAAUUUGAACAGGGACCAGAAUUUUGUUGUGGUAAGUAUUAUAAAAAAUGUAUAAUUUUUCCAUAAAAUAUUGUUAUUUUCUAGAUGAUGCAAAAUGUCUGAAUGAAAAACAUCCAACACAUCUUCCCUGUGAUGCAAAUCAAUAUGAAAAAGAAUUUAGUGCUUCGCGAAAAGUUUGUUGUGAACUUGAAGAAUUGAAAUGUGUAGAUGGUGAAAAACCAGAAAAGCAGCCUUGUGCACCGGAAAGAUAUUUGACUAAUUUAGGAGUUGCGGAAAAUGAACAAGUUUGUUGCAGUAAGUUCAUCAAUUUUUGCUAGAAAAUAUUGAUUUUCAUAAUUUCAUUAUGGCCUAGAAAACCAAACAAUUUCUCUUGGUUUUCUCUUCCAUCUACAUAAAAUAUUUCCUUACAGAACUGGAUGGAUUAAAAUGUGUUGCUGGAGAAUCGCCAACAAAUGAGCCGUGUAACACUGAUCAAUAUAGAACUCUUUUGGGACAUGAACAUCUUUGUUGUCGUAAGUUAGGACCAACCAAUUAGCUGUCUAGUACUUGUUUAUUUUCAGCUUUAAAUGACUUGAAAUGUUUGGAUGGAGAGAUACCACAAAAACAACCAUGCACUUCUGAAACAUAUUUGACUAAUUUAGGAGCAACAGAUAAUGAAGAUAUUUGUUGUAGUAAGUUAUAUCCAUUUUCUUUUAUCUAGAUCUGUGAUUUGAUAAUAUUUAGAACUCGAUGGAUUGAAAUGUGUUGCUGGAGAUAUUCCAACAAAUGAGCCAUGCAAAGAUGAACAAUAUAAAGAUCAUUUGGGAUUUGCUGAUGUUUGUUGUGACUUCAAUCAAUUGAAAUGUGUUAAUGAAAAAGUGCCAACAAGAAAACCAUGUGAAGAUAAUCAAUAUGUCUGGAAGUUUGGGGAGAAUAAUGAAUUCUGUUGUGGUGAGUCUAGAAAUUAGGGUUAUCAACAAAAAAAACAAUAAUUGCAGGUACGGAAAACAUGAAAUGUCCAGAUGGAAAAGAACUUCGAACAAAAUCAAAAAAUAAUGAAGAAAUCGGAAUGGAAUUGAUCAAUGGACAAAUAGUUUAUUGUGGUUUGUUUUGAGAUGGCCUAGAAAUGUCUCGACCGAGUUCCCGACAUUUCUCGGUCAUAUACACUGCUCCACAAAAGUAUAGCCUCACCCUCAAAAUUUUCAAAAAAUCGAAAAAAUUGAAAUUUUCAGAAAAUGUUUGUUUUUGAAAAAUAUGGGCAAAUGGGACACUAAUUUAUCCCAGAAAUCAAAUUUUGGGUUGAUAAGUCACGAAAAGAUUUUUUUGAAUUUUUCAAAAAAUCGAAAAUUUCCAAUCCACAAAAGUAUAGCCUCACUUCAGAAAAUCGCUCUGGAAAUCGGUUUUUGGGUUAGAUAACUUUAGUUAUUGUUGAGAAAUGGGUAGAAUAACUCAUUUUAAGUUGAUUCCAACAAUUUCUGAUCCAUCUCAUUGAUUGUCAUUGACUUUAUCGGGUGUAGCGUGAUGACUUCCAACUUCAACCAAAUUUUUUUGUUAAAAAAUUUUUUUUUCAUAUUUUUUUGGACCAAAGCUUGGGAAUUGGUCUGAAAAUGGUAAAACUUCACUUUUUCAUGAUAAAAACCAAAUUUGGUUCGAAAAUUCGGAGGUCGGACAAGAAAAAUAACAAUUUUUAGGUACAGUACUCUCAUGAAAUUGGGGUUUUCAUUAGAUUUUCAGACUUUUCAGCAUGAAAAUGUUCUGGAAGCGUGAGAAUACUGCUCAGAGAGUAAGAUUAUUUCAAGUUUUCGUCAAUUUAAACAAUGUUCAAUUACGAUAUUACUGCUUAAGGAAUCUAAUCAAGUUGUAAAUUCUCCAACUUUCAUGAAUCUCAUAACUUUUUGUUUGAAAAGGUUUAAAAGGGUUCCGCAAUUCAUUUUUCACUUUUUAUCCACUUAACAGCGUUUAAAGAGAUCGCUAAGAUUGAUAUUAAUCCAGUAUUAACGAUUCCCAUGAUGAAAACCAAAUUUUGUUAAAUUCCAAAUUUUUCAAAAUAAACUUCUAAGCCCCUCAAGGCCUUAAUCCACCAACAGGUUGUUUUUUUGUCAGAAGAAGUUUUAAAAAGCUUUGAAAAACUUGGUUCUUGCUUUUCUCACGCUUCCAGAACAUGUUCAUGCUGAAAAGUCCAAAAAUUCAAUGAAAACCCCAAUUUCAGGAGAGUACUGUACCUAAAAAUUGUUAUUUUUCUUGUCCGACCUCCGAAUUUUUGAACCAAAUUUGGUUUUUAUCAUGAAAAAGUGAAGUUUUACCAUUUUCAGACCAAUUCCCAAGCUUUGGUCCAAAAAAAUAUGAAAAAAAAAUUUUUUAACAAAAAAAUUUGGUUGAAGUUGGAAGUCAUCACGCUACACCCGAUAAAGUCAAUGACAAUCAAUGAAAUGGAUCAGAAAUUGUUGGAAUCAACUUAAAAUGAGUUAUUCUACCCAUUUCUCAACAAUAACUAAAGUUAUCUAACCCAAAAACCGAUUUCCAGAGCGAUUUUCUGAAGUGAGGCUAUACUUUUGUGGAUUGGAAAUUUUCGAUUUUUUGAAAAAUUCAAAAAAAUCUUUUCGUGACUUAUCAACCCAAAAUUUGAUUUCUGGGAUAAAUUAGUGUCCCAUUUGCCCAUAUUUUUCAAAAACAAACAUUUUCUGAAAAUUUCAAUUUUUUCGAUUUUUUGAAAAUUUUGAGGGUGAGGCUAUACUUUUGUGGAGCAGUGUAUGUUUUGUCUAGUUCUUGUAAAUUGUACAUAUAAUUUCAGAUGCAUAUUUCGAAUGUCCAAAUGGAAUUCAAUCAUUUCCCGAUCCUCAAACUUGGUCAAAUUGUGGACAAAAUGAUAGUAAAAUCAAACUUCGUCUAAAUUUUGAUGAAUUAUUCAAAAGUGCCUAUUUGUGUUGUGGUAAGAUAUUGAAAAUGAACUUUAGAAAAUAUUUAUUUUCCAGAGGACUUUAAAAGUUGUAAAAUCACCCAAUCUUCUUAUAAAUUUGUGACAAAAGAGGAAAAUGAAUAUGGAUUGACAAAAUCGAUUCUGGCAAAUCAAGAAGUUUCUGGAUAUAUUCAUCAAUUUAUAAAAAAUGAUGGAAAACAGCAAUUUCUUUGUCGUAAGCUUUCUUCUCUUGAAAAAUCUCCUGAAACCCGUUAUUUUUAGCAAUUCCAAUUGGAAAUAUUUGGCUGGAAAUCUAUAAACCUGUUGAAAAUCAACAAAUCCCAAAAGAAUAUUUGCCACUCGAUUUUAUUGAUAUGAAUCAGGAGAAAAGUUUGAGACCGUGUCAGAAAAAUGUUGAUUGUAAAGGUCCGAAUCAGUUUUGUGGGGAUUAUACAAGUUUUGCGGAAGAAGAUGGGGCAACUUUGAAAUUUUGCUAUCAAAGUGAGUUGGAUUUUGAAUUUCAAGGGGAAAAUAUAUUGUGGAGUAGUUUUUGAGCCACUUUUCAUGAUUCAGUUGUAAAAACUACGAAAUUCAACUCUAAAAAUGAGUCAUGUCGUGAAAAAGUUUAUUAGAAUUGUUUGGAACAAGUUUUGAAGUUAGUCAAACUUUGCCACGUCAUAACUCAUAUUUAGAGUUGAGUUUUGCAGUUUUCAACUACAGGAUUCUAAUCAGCUUGUCAAAAUUCACUAGAAAAAUUGUUUCCCAUCAAUAAAUCUCAUUUUUCUUCAGACCCAAUAAUUCCUAUCACAAAUAUCGCAACAUCAUUUCAAAUAGCUGUCGAUUCACAAGAUUUUGGUCUAAAAUUAUGUGAUUCAAAUUCGGAUUGUUUAAAAAAUGAUAGAAUUUGUUGGAAAAAUGAUGGAAAAUGGAAUGGAAAAAGUGGAAUUUGUAUUGAAAGAAAACCAGUCGCAUUUAUUUAUUCGAAAAUAUUUGAAGAACAUUCAAAUUUACAAAAUCAUUUUUAUUUUGCGGUUGAUUUGGAAAAUGGAUGGAAAAAUCGAGAUUUAUUGAAGAAAUGUGUGAAAAAUGAGGAAUGUGAUAUUGAAAAUGGACAAUUUUGUGAUAAUAUUAUUGGAGUAAAUGGAGAAAAAGAUUUAGAGAAUAAAUAUUGUUUUAAAGGUGAGAUCUCAUCCCUUUUUGAAUAAAAAAUCUAGAAUUUUGCAGCUCUCAAAUCACCUUCGCCUCUUAUAAAACCAACAAUAAUUCCGACAAUUUCUGGACUUGUUUUAUGUCAAAAUUGUCAAUUACCAUCAUUUUGUUAUCAACAAAAAGAAUUGAAAUAUCUCGAUGGAAAAUCAAUUGAAACAUCGGGAAUUUGUUGGAAUAGUCAAUUUUGUGCUGAUCAACAAACUGCAUUAUUUUUGGAACCAAAAUGUCAAAAUAAUGAAGAUUGUCAGAAACAACAAACUGAUUCGAAUUGUCAAAAUGGACAUUGUUGUCCAGAAGGUAUGAGGAAUUUUUUUGGGGAGUUUUGGGGCCGGACAAGCUUGGAAAAGUGAAAAUUGAGCGCUGAGGGACCUAAAAUUCAAUUUCAGCCCACAAUCAGCCUGAAUUUCCCAAAUUUCCAGCCAAAAUCUCAUCAGACGGCUCAUUUUCCCAACCCAAACAUCAUUAUAUUACUCAAAGAUCGUGCAACUCAACAUACAAUUUUCAAAUCAAUUUUCCGAAUAGUUUUUGCGACCCAAAAUCUCAAAAAUUGGUUGUAAUUGGAAAAUUCUCAAAACAUGGCGAGAAAUUGAAAUUAUCAUCGAAUUCCAAAAAAUGCGAGAAAAAUAUUGAUUGUGGAGCUGGAGAAAAUAAAGAAGUUUGUAUUUUUGAUGGAAAAAUUGGAGAAGGAAAAUGUUAUUUGAAUCCAAUGACUUUUAAAAGUCUACCUGAUGGUUUUCCAAUUAUGGCUGUAAUUAUACCAAUUAUCAUAAUUAUUAUUAUUUUGUCCUUAAUUGGUGGUGGAUAUUUGUAUUAUAAAAAGAGAAUCAACAAAGAUGAGAAGAAUACUGGGAAAUCGAAGAAAAAUGAGAAAAAAUCGCAGAAAAAAUCAAUCUCGACUCCAAGUUCUGCCAAUACUCCUGUUUGA